AUGGAGACUUCAUUACUCUGUACUCUCCACCUGCUACUGGGGGCUUCCCUUGCCCUUACCCAGACCUUUGAGGGUUCCCACUCCUUGCGGUACUUCGACAUCGCAGUGUCAAGACCUGGCCUAGAAGAGACCCUCUACAUGACCGCGGGCUAUGUGGAAAACACAGAGUUCGUGCACUUCAACAGUGCGACAGUGAAUCCAAGGUUUGAGCCCAGGGUGCCCUGGAUGGAGCAGGUGGGACAGGAAUACUGGGAUGACCAGACACACAUUGCCAAGAGUGCAAAACAGCAGAUUCGAGCGUGCUUUCAGAAACUGCAAGGCUACUACAACCAGAGCCAGAACAGUCCUCACACCAUCCAAAGGAUGACUGGCUGCUACAUUGGACAUGACGGGCACCUAUUUCAUGCAUACCGUCAGUUUGGCUAUGAUGGGGAAGAUUACCUCACCCUGAACGAGGAUCUGAGCACCUGGAUUGCUGCAGACACCGCGGCUAAGAUCACCAAGCAACAGUGGGUGGCAACUAAUGAGGCUGAGUUCUGGAGGGUCUACUUGCAGGGCCCUUGCGUGGUGUGGCUCCUUAAAUACCCGAAGAUGGGAAGUGAGAUUCUACUGCGCACAGAUCCCCCCAAAGCAUAUGUAACUCAUCACCCCAGACCUGAAGGGGACAUCACCCUGAGGUGCUGGGCUCUGAGCUUCUACCCUGCUGACACCACCCUGACCUGGCAGAGGGAUGGGGAGGACCAGACUCAGGAUAUGGAGCUUGUGGAGACCAGGCCUUCUGGGGAUGGAACCUUCCAGAAGUGGGCAGUUGUGGUGGUGCCUUCUAGGGAGGAGCAGAGAUACACAUGCCAUGUGCACCAUGAGGGGCUGCCUGAGCCCCUCACCCUGAGAUGGAGUAAGUAG